AUGUGCAAUCGAGAUAGAUUGUGUCAAAGGGCAAUUUUGGCGCUAACAAAUGAAACAGUAGGCCAGAUUAACGAACAAUCUAUGUCAGACGUGGAGGGGGAUGUUGUCGAGUACCUCUCAGGACGCAAUGUUAUGGACACUGAACAAGUGACAUCGUACCCUAUAGAGUAUCUCAAUUCUUUAGAACUAUCAGGGGUUGCGGAUGAAAGUUGGUGUCACAGUCCUGUAAAUGAGAAAUCUUGA